CUUCAGCUCCAAGCACAGACAAAAAUAAUCUCAAAUAAAUGGCAUCAAUGGCUAGCUCCACUACCCUUGUGAAAGCAACCCCAUUCUUGGGCCAAACCAAAAAUGCCAAUCCUCUUAGAGAUGCUGUCUCAAUGGGCAAUGCCAAAUACACCAUGGGUAAUGACUUGUGGUACGGACCGGACCGUGUCAAGUACUUGGGACCCUUCUCAGCUCAGACUCCUUCCUACCUCAACGGAGAAUUCCCCGGUGACUACGGAUGGGACACUGCCGGUUUGUCUGCCGAUCCCGAGGCCUUCGUCAAGAACAGGGCGCUUGAGGUUAUUCAUGGAAGAUGGGCCAUGCUUGGAGCUCUAGGAUGCAUCACACCGGAGGUUCUUCAAAGAUGGGUGAGUGUGAAGUUCAAGGAGCCAGUGUGGUUCAAGGCCGGUGCACAAAUCUUCUCCGAGGGCGGGCUAGACUAUUUAGGCAACCCGAAUCUGGUCCAUGCUCAGAGCAUUCUGGCAAUUCUUGGGUUCCAGGUUGUACUCAUGGGACUCGUGGAGGGAUUCAGAAUCAACGGCCUUGACGGGGUUGGAGAGGGCAACGACCUCUACCCCGGUGGCCAGUACUUCGACCCGCUCGGCCUGGCCGACGACCCAGUCACCUUUGCCGAGCUGAAGGUCAAGGAGAUCAAGAACGGAAGGCUAGCCAUGUUCUCCAUGUUCGGAUUCUUCGUGCAAGCUAUCGUCACAGGAAAAGGACCUCUCGAGAACCUUCUGGAUCAUCUCGACAACCCUGUUGCUAACAAUGCUUGGGUCUACGCCACCAAAUUUGUCCCAGGAUCAUAAUCAAGCAUAUAAUGUAUAGAUAUAAUGUGUUGUACAUUAAUAUGUAUUUGAGUGCAUUAAUGUUUAGUUCUA